AGUGAUAAUGCAGAGUGCGUACCCCGCACUUGCUCAGCGAUAAAAGGGAGAGUUAGAGCGGUUUUCACAAUUCUGUAUUUUUUCCAUUUUUGCUUACCCUUCUUAGGUUGACCUUAAUUUCUUUCAUCAAACCAGUGUUCAAACAAUGUUUUCUUCAUCUUCGAAUCCUCGAUGGGUUGAAUUCUUUCAUCAACCACUGAAUUCUUCUUCAUCUACGAAUCCUCGAUGGGUUGAAUUCUUUCAUCAAUCAAUGAAUUCUUCUUCAUCUUCGAAUCCUCGAUGGGUCUAUGACGUGUUCAUCAACUCCAGAGAGGGCCAUGGCAAUGGCUCCAGCAGCUUCGUUUCUCAACUCUACAGUGCCCUCUCAAGUGCGAGAGUCCACACUUUCAUGAAUGAAAAUGAGGGGCUUCGCAAGCGAAAGGAGGUGGGAAAAGGACUCACGCAAGCAAUAGAAGGGUCUCGAAUAGCUUUGGUUGUUUUCUCCAAAACCUACGCUGAAUCUGCUCGGUGUCUUGAUGAGUUGGUGAAGAUCAUGGAUUGCCACCAUGAUUAUGGGAAAACGGUUGUGCCCAUUUUUUAUGAUGUUGAUCCAUUGGAUGUAUUUGAACAAAGUGGUGCUUUUGGAGAAGCCUUUGAAAAACUUACUGAAAACAGAUUCCCUGGGAGAGGCAUGGUUGAUCUUUUGUUGAGGUGGGGAAGUGCACUCACCCAUGCUGCACGUUUGACUGGUUGGGAUACGAGGGAUUGCAGGGAUGAAGCUGAUCAAGUAAAGAAAAUAGUUGAUGACGUGUUGGAAAAACUAGACAACGCAUUGUUAUCUACUGCCAAAUUUCCAGUUGGAUUGGAAUCCCGUGCGCAGGAAGUGAUUAGGUUUAUAAACAAUCAGUCAAGCAAAGUUUGUAUGGUAGGGAUCUUGGGAAUGGAUGGAUUGGGUAAAACCACCUUAGCCAAAGCCAUUUACAAUAAGAUUUGCCGCAAAUUUGAGAGUAAGAGUUUCCUUGAAAAUAUUAAAGAAGUUUGUGAAAAUAACAAUAAUAGAGGGCUUAUUCGUUUACAAGAACAGCUUUUUUCAUGUGUCUUUAAAAGAAAAAUUAAAAUUGAUAGCAUUGAACUGGGGAAAAAAAAUUUUAGGUAUGGAAUUCUUGGGAAAAGGGUACUCAUGGUACUGGAUGAUGUGACUGAGUAUGAGCAAUUAAAAGCCCUGUGUGGAAGCCAUGAAAGGUUAGGUUUAGGAAGUGUAUUAAUUGUUACAAGCAAAGAUGAACACCUACUUGAUUUGCUUAAAGUUGACCAUGUCUUCAAAAUAAAGGAAAUGGAUGAAAAUGAUUCCCUUGAGCUUUUCAGUUGGCAUGCUUUUAGAAAAGCAAUUCCAAGAGAAGACUUCAUUGAACUCUCAAGAAAAGUUGUUGCUUACUGUGGAGGAAUACCACUGGCUCUUGAAGUCCUUGGAUCUUACUUAUAUCGGAGGACAAAAGAAGAAUGGGAAAGCGUAUUGCUAAAACUAGAGAGAAUUCCCAAUGAUCAAGUGCAAGAGAAAUUUAGAAUAAGCUUUGAUGGUUUAGAUGAUAAGGAAAAAUGUAUAUUUCUUGACAUAUGUUGUUUCUUUAUGGGCUUUGACAGAGCCUAUGUCACUGAGAUACUAAAUGACAGUGAAUUUUAUCCUAAAAUUCGAAUAGCAGUACUGGUGGAAAGGAACCUCAUUAAAGUUAAAAAGAAUAACAAGCUGGGAAUGCAUGGUUUGCUACGUGACUUGGGAAGAGAAAUGAUUUCUGAAUGUUCACCUAAGGAAGCUGAGAAGCGUAGUCGGUUGUGGUUUCAUGAGGAUGUACUUGAUGUCAUGACAAAACAUACUGGAACUAACACUAUUGAGGGCUUGGCUUUGCAAUUGGAAAGGAGUCAAGUUUGCUUCAAUACCAAAGCAUUUGAGAAAAUGGUGAGAUUAAGACUUUUGAAACUGAAUCAUGUACAACUUUCUGGAGAUGAUAAGUAUCUUCCCCAACACCUGAGAUGGGUCUAUUGGCAUGGAUUUCCCUUAAAACACCUACCUGACAGUUUUGAUCAGCGAAAGGUAGUUGCUAUUGACUUAAAAUAUAGCAAUAUUAGUCUACUAUGGAAAGAGCCUAAGUUGUUGGAGAGGCUAAAAAUUCUCAAUCUUAGUCAUUCGUUGUACUUGACACACACCCCUGAUUUUUCAAACAUGCCAAAUCUUGAAAAGCUCAUUCUCAAAAAUUGCCCAAUAUUGUCCAUGGUACAUGAAUCCAUUGGAGAUCUAAGUAAUAUUCUCGUUAUAAAUUUAAAGGACUGUACAAGCCUUUGGAAUCUCCCAAGGAGGAUCUAUCAGUUGACAUCUUUGAAAACGCUAAUCCUUUCUGGUUGUUCAAACAUUGACAAGUUGGAGGAUACAGCACAGAUGGAAUCUUUGACUACACUGAUUGCAGACUGUGUGAGAGAUAUCCCUGGUUCAACAGUAAGAUCAAAAAGGGUUGGGUAUUUAUCCUUGUAUGGAUAUGAAGGUUUAGCACGUGAUGUAUUUCCCUCAAUCAUUUGGUGUUGGACAACACCAACAUCGAACCCCUUAUUUCAUCUAUCACAGGGCUUGUCAUCAUCUCUAGAUUCCAUGGAUCUGCAGUAUAUUAAUGUGGGUCAUAUAGCAUCAAUGCUUAACAGACUUUCAAAACUUCGAAGUGUUCGGGUGCAAUGCAGCUCUAAGGCUCAACUGAGUCGUGAAUUAAGAAUUCUAUAUGACCUAUAUGGUGUCAAUUUUACUAAAUUGGAAACAUCAUGUGGACCACAAGUUUCAGAUUUUUCCUUGAGAUCACUUUUGAUUGGAUUGGGAAGUUACCACAUAGUUACAGACACUCUUGUCAAGAGUAUAUCACAGGGAUUAACUAUCGGCGUGUCUGCUGAUUUUUCACUCCCGGGGGACAAUUGUCCUUAUUGGUUAACCUAUACAGGUGAAGGACAUUCAGUAUAUUUCAAGGUACCUGAAGUUAGUUAUUGCGGCAUGAAGGGAAUGGUUUUCAGGGUUAUUUAUUCAUCUACCCUUGAAAGUGUGACAGCUCAGUGUAUUGUUAGUGUCUUGAUCGUUAAUUACACAAAGUGCAUCUACCAUAUAUACAAGCGAGACACAUCAAUUUCCUUUAAUAAUGAGGAUUGGCAGGGGAUAAUAUCUAACCUUGGACCUGGUGACAAAGUUGGAAUUUUUGUAGCUUUUGGGAAUGGAUUCACUGUCAAGAAGACAAGUGCCUAUCUAAUAUAUGAUGAAUCAAUUGACAUGAUGAGUCGGCCUUCCCCUAAGCUAAAGAAAAUGCGUCUAUUAGAUUUGUAGGGAAAAUGAUAAUGUGUAAGAUUGAACCACAGUAAUGGCUUCAGCCAGACAUAACAUAGGAUUCCCUUAUUUAUUUUGUUUCUUGCAAUGUUUUUAAGGGUAGGAAUGACUAGAAAUAGACAUGAUGGAGAAACUCAUUUUAUUAUUUAGACUAAACUCUCAUUGUAGUCUCUGAGAGAGUUUGAGUCUAGCAUUUUAGACCCUAAAAAAUUUCAAAUGUCACGGUAGUCCUUAACUUCUUUUUCCAUCGUUCAUUUUAGUCUCUAAUCUCAGGCUUCAUUAAAAAACAGUAACAGAAAGCUGAUUUUUCACAUAAGUGCUAAAAGUCUAGUUGACAGAAACGACAUCAUUUUUGGAAGCCUAAGUGUAUACGCAGAAUCUCAUUCAAAUUUGUCUUUAAAGUUGUGUUUGGUGGUGGAAUAUUUAGAUAUUAAAGUUUGUUAUAGUGAAAGAAGUAGAACCAGAUGAAGAAUUUGUUUUUCUUUUCUUAAUAAUCCUGUGAGUCAUUUUCUAUUUUGGGGACGACGAACCCUAACUUUACAUAAUUCAAUGCUAUAAUUUUUUCUAAUUCCAAUUUCAACAGCCAAGAAUCCUAACAGUGGAAGACUAGAGGUGCAUAACCCUAACACUACCUUAACGACGUCGUUUCUACUAACUAGGCUUCCAAAACACAUUGCUUUUGGCAAAUGGGCUUCUCAUAUGGCACUUAAUGUGACAAGUCAGUUUUUUCUUACUUUUUUUUAACAGAGUUUGAGAUUAGGAACAAAAAUGGAUGACGGAAAAAGAAGUUGAGAAUUAACAUGACAUUUUAAAUUUUUCAGGGACUAAAAUGCUCGAUUCAAACUCUCUCAUAGACUAAAUUGAAGAUUUAGUCUAUUUUUUAUUAUGAUUAUAAAAAUCUAGGUAAGAAUCAUUUCUG